GGUGGAGGGGGUGCGGCACCGAACGCUGGAGGCGAACGGAGUGCGCCUGCACGUGGCGGAGGCUGGGCCCGAGGAGGGCAGCGCCCCAGUGGUGCUGCUCCUUCACGGCUUCCCGGACCUCUGGUACGGCUGGCGCCACCAGAUGUCCGCCCUGGCGGCGCGCGGCUACCGCGCCGUGGCCCCGGACCUCCGCGGCUACGGCGACUCCGACUCCCCGCCUGAUGCGUCCAGCUACACCACCUUCCAUGUCGUCGGGGACCUCGUCGCGCUCAUCUCCGACCUCGGCCAGCGGCAGGUGUUCGUGGUGGGGCACGACUGGGGAGCCACCGUGGCGUGGCAGCUUUGUCUGCUUCGGCCGGACCUGGUGCGGGCGCUCGUGAACCUAAGCGUCGUGUACCACCCGCGGCGGCCGGAGAUGAGCCCGCUCCAGGCCAUCAGAGCUGCCUGCGGCGAAGACCACUACAUGUGCCGCUUCCAGGAAUUUGGUGUUGCUGAAGCUGAAUUUGCUCUAUAUGACAUCAAGUGGGUGUUUAAGAAGACAUUUGGCAUGCGCAAGCCAGCUCCUCUUAUUCUGCCCAAGGACAAGAGCUUCUUUGACUCUCUUGAUUCAGAUGGAACUUGUCCUCCAUGGCUAUCAGAGGAAGAUAUUUCUUACUAUGCAGAAAAAUUUGCGAAAACAGGCUUUACUGGAGGACUUAACUACUACAGGUGCAUAGACAGGAGUUGGGAGCUUUCUGCGGCAUGGACUGGAGCUCCGAUAAAAGUUCCGUCGAAAUUCAUUGUUGGGGACCUUGACAUUACAUACAACGCUCCGGGGGUACCGGACUACAUUCACAAGGGUGGCUUCAAGGCAAGCGUGCCAAAUCUAGAGGACGUGGUUGUAAUGGAGGGAGUGAGCCACUUCAUCAACCAGGAGAAACCCAACGAGGUCUCUGAUCACAUCUGCGAGUUCUUUAGCAAGUUCUGAUACGUAUUGGAAAAAUCUCAAGGAGCCGUUAUAUGAUUCUGAGCUACUCGUGUUUUUAUGUCAAAAAAAUGCGGUUGCGAGUGUCACCAUACAAAUAUACGAUCUAAAUAAAAUUCGUCUGUCUCACCUUUUUACACA